GAGGCGGAAUAUGGUGGGCAUGAUCAGAUAGAUUUGUAUGAUGAUGUCAUCUCUCCAUCUGCAAAUAAUGGCGAUGCCCCAGAAGACCGGGACUACAUGGAUACUCUUCCACCAACUGUUGGUGAUGAUGUGGGAAAGGGGGCGGCACCAAAUGUUGUCUAUACUUACACUGGAAAGAGAAUUGCAUUGUAUAUUGGAAAUCUAACAUGGUGGACAACAGAUGAGGAUUUAACUGAAGCAGUUCAUUCUUUGGGAGUAAAUGAUAUUUUGGAGAUAAAAUUUUUUGAAAAUCGGGCAAAUGGACAAUCAAAGGGAUUUGCCCUUGUUGGUGUUGGAUCUGAAGCAUCAUCCAAAAAGUUAAUGGAUCUGCUGCCUAAAAGAGAGCUUCAUGGUCAGAAUCCUGUCGUGACUCCUUGCAAUAAGCAGUUCCUGAGUCAGUUUGAGAUGCAGUCCAGGAAAACUACACAAUCAGGACAGAUGUCUGGGGAAGGUAAAGCUGGUCCUCCAGGAGGCAGUUCACGUGCAGCAUUUCCACAAGGUGGUAGAGGACGGGGCCGUUUCCCAGGGGCUGUUCCCGGUGGGGACAGAUUUCCUGGGCCAGCAGGACCAGGAGGGCCACCUCCACCUUUCCCAGGAAAUUUGAUCAAGCAUCUUGUUAAAGGAACUCGGCCUUUGUUCCUGGAAACUAGGAUUCCAUGGCAUAUGGGGCACAGCAUAGAGGAAAUACCCAUUUUUGGCCUAAAAGCUGGACAGACUCCACCACGUCCACCUUUGGGCCCCCCAGGCCCACCUGGUCCACCAGGUCCUCCACCUCCUGGUCAGGUCUUGCCGCCACCUCUAGCAGGACCUCCCAAUCGAGGAGACCGCCCUCCACCACCAGUUCUUUUUCCUGGACAACCUUUUGGGCAACCUCCGUUGGGUCCACUUCCUCCUGGGCCUCCACCUCCAGUUCCAGGCUACGGCCCUCCUCCUGGUCCACCGCCUCCACAGCAGGGACCACCUCCACCUCCAGGCCCCUUCCCACCUCGACCACCAGGUCCACUUGGGCCUCCCCUUACACUUGCUCCUCCUCCACAUCUUCCGGGACCACCUCCAGGUGCCCCACCACCAGCUCCACAUGUGAAUCCGGCUUUUUUUCCUCCACCAACUAAUAGUGGCAUGCCAACAUCAGAUAGUCGAGGUCCCCCACCAACAGACCCAUAUGGCCGACCUCCACCAUAUGAUAGGGGUGACUAUGGUCCUCCUGGGAGGGAAAUGGAUACUGCAAGAACACCUUUGAGUGAAGCUGAGUUUGAAGAAAUCAUGAAUAGAAAUCGGGCCAUCUCAAGUAGUGCUAUUUCAAGAGCUGUGUCUGAUGCUAGUGCUGGUGAUUAUGGGAGUGCUAUUGAAACAUUGGUAACAGCAAUUUCUUUAAUUAAACAAUCCAAAGUAUCUGCAGAUGAUCGUUGCAAAGUUCUUAUUAGUUCUUUGCAAGAUUGCCUUCAUGGAAUUGAGUCCAAGUCCUAUGGCUCUGGAUCAAGACGUGAACGAUCAAGAGAAAGGGACCAUAGUAGAUCACGGGAAAAGAGUCGGCGUCAUAAAUCUCGGAGUAGAGAUCGCCAUGAUGAUUAUUACAGAGAGAGAAGCAGAGAGCGAGAGAGACACAGGGAUCGGGAUCGGGACCGAGACCGGGAGCGCGACCGAGAGCGAGAAUACCGUCAUCGUUAGAAGCUGAAGGAAGAGGAACACCUUCCAAGACAAACAGUCUUCAUGGGGGAAAAGUGACGCUUGUCCAGCAGUUUGCUUCUUGUGAUUGAACUGAACCUGUAAGGAUUCAUGGAUAAACUGAACAGGAAUAGAUCUGAAUAAAGCAAAUCUGCAUAAAUGGUAACCAGUAGCUCUACUUUUAUUUUUUUAUGUUGCUUAAUUGUUUUAUUUGAAGGAAACCUGUGUGAUUUAAAAAGUUGAUAGCUUUUGCAACUUUAUUACUGGUUAUAUAUAUUUGGCCAUUAUAAUGUGCAAGCAAUUGGAAAAACUUCAAGUAAAUGCUUGUUUUUAUAGUAGUUUGUUCUUGUUAAAAUGUUCAUAUGAUAAUGUCUGUAAACAGCACCACUUUGAUUACAAUAGAUGUAGUGUUGUAAUAAACUGUUGAAUGGGGCUGAUGUGUAAAGCUGUUCAAGUUAUUUGAUGUUUACACCUCAGGGAAAGUCUUGUGUGCAGCAAUAUCUAAAGAUAAUGUUACUAUGACAACAUUUUUACUGUCCUUUAAAAAGCAUUGCAAUAGGGUGUUUGGAUAUGCAUCAAUCUAAUCUUGCGUUCAGUGAAUUAAACAUAACCAAUUAAGUGUCUCGCCCUUGAUUUUGAUAUUAGGAUAGGUGAUUACAUGGAUAUUUAAUAUUUCUAUAUUCUGCUUUUCUAGCUGUUUUUACCUAGUUAGCUUGUGAAUUUGCUGAAUGGUAUGUAAACUUGUAAAAACUGAAAUUUGGCAGAUAUAGCGAUUCAGUCAAUGUUUUAGGGGUGAAAAAUUUGAGGUUGUAACAUUUUUGGUAAAGACUCAUGUAUUUGCUACAGUAGUGCAGCUCAAUUACACCCCAGAUAUGCUGAGAUGGUUAAUUGUGAACUGCUAGCAUUUAAGAGAGAGUUGAUAAUUCUGAUUUGACACAGUAAUUUACUGUUUCAUGCUGAUGGUGCCAUAGACAGUGUAAAUACAGCCGUCCAGCAGAUAAUCCUGAGUAGGGAAAGCCUUAGUAGUCUACUGGAUAGAGAUUCUAAAGGGUGUGAUAUUUAUUAAUGUUGGGUUGUAUUCUUCAGUGUGAGUAAUGGGAGAUUAUAGCUACACCCUGUCCUCAUGGUUCAAGGAAUUCUGUGUAUAUUCCUGUUAUCCUCUUGAUUUAUGCUUGAUUAUAGUUAUUGAUCAGUUGAUUCUUUUUUUAAGCUGGCAUUAGUAAAAGGCUGUAUUAAAAGCACCUGGCUAGCAUGUGUUGUGCAAAAUUAGCAGAGACAGACUGUCAACUUGAUUACCUAUUUUUAUAGGAAGUCAAAAAACGUGAAUCACUAGAGAAAUUUGAGAUAAAAUCCUUAAGCUAAUUUGCUUUAAAUAUAUUUUAAAGAUCUUAUUACUUGUGAGAGAUCUUUGGAUAAUGGGCAUUGGCUUUUAAAGUUUGUCUAAAUUUAAGGGCAAUGCUUAAGGUAUUUAUGUACUGAAGAUAGAGAUGAAGUUCUGAGAGCUCAAGAUGUUUGCUCUGCUGUUUUUCAGUUUCGUCUUGUCUGCUCUUAACUUGCUCAACAAUUAGCUUCAAAAUGUCCUUCCACUGCCAGUUCAUUUAAAACAUUUUGUGAGCAGAGUAUUUUUGCAAGAAGAGAUCAUUGGUGUUUAGCAGAACUGUUAGCUCUCAGAAAUGAUUUUUCUUAAGUGUUUAAUCUUGUUAAAAUUCAAGUUGCCUUUUAAUUUGAGAGUUGUAUCAAAAUCUGUUUUCUUGUUUUGUAUAUAGAUAUUGUAAGUUUUUGUCAUUUCUUAGCUUUUUUUAAUAGUUUAAUUACAAUACCCUAAUGUGAAGACGUUUGGAUAUACAUAUGUUUACAAGGGAAAUUAGUUAAUAGUAAGAUUAAAAGGUAAGUAAAAUGUCCGAGAUCAAUUUUCUCUGAACACUUUUAAAAUGGAAUCACAAAUACAUAUACUUGAAAUGAAACUGGAGAUUUUGUACUAAUUUUAAUCCCACGUUACCUUUUCUCUUUUUUAAAUCAGUGGAACCCUUCAAUUGCUCCCUUUAUGUCACCCUUUUCCUUGCUUGGCUUAUUUCAUUAAGUGACUUUGGUUGUAGAUAGUGUCAGUGUACUAGAGUUGCUUGCUGCUGCUAGCCAAUUACUUUAAGUGUUGUUAGGAAGAAAUAAAACAACUUUGGUUUGACUAAUUUUGCAAAGUCUCCUACCUGAUAACACAUGAAUGUAUAGCAGUAAAAGUAAAAAUUUCAAACCAUGUUUUAUUUGUCAAAGCCCUUGUGUUGUUUAGGAGCCAUUGUUAUUUGAAAAUUUGUUUUUGAUGUGUAAAAAACAAUCCAAAGAGAUAAAUCUUUGCAAAGACACCAAAUAAAUAAACAGAGAGAAAAAAAAGGGGGGGUGAGGGAGUCUUAAAAAUGAUAAUUCAUUUAGUGGCAUUGGAAAGAAGCUUGAUUUUUUUUUUCCGAAUCCCAGCAUUGUCCAGUGCUGUGCAGUCACAUUCCUCGGCUAGCAGUAGAGUCAUAAAUUCAUGUGUGGUGAAGUACCCGCAUGCUAUUUCUUCUGGAGCAGCACUUUGAACUCAUACUGCUUUGAGGUAAAGGAAAUAUGUUUGUAGAAACAGUAUUUCAGUGUAAAUUCAAAAGUGCUUAUGUUUUGUCAAUUUUCAGCAAGAUUUUGAGUAGCUUGCCAUAGCCAUUGAUCAUAUAUGUUAGCACAUUUAAUGGCUCCUUUAUCUAGACUAUUCUUAAGCAGUUAACUACAAUUUGGAAUUCACAACGUAUAGCUUAAGAUAUUGUUUUCAUUUGUUCUCCUAUGGAGAAUGUUGCUUUAGUUUUACUAGUUUAAAGUCAGUUCUAAAAAUAAACAUGGGGUAUAUAACACUUUAUAGUGACGGGGAAUUGUUGAAAAGGGUAAGACUCCCUGUGUGUUGAAAUGUGCCAAUAACCUAAGUACAUUCUGUUUGAUAAAAUGAGAUGCUACUUCAAGGCUCUUCUGUUGGAGUGCUCUCGAUUGACAUUCUAGUUUUGUUACCCAGAUGGUAAUUGCAUUAUCUGUAUCUUACAAGCCCUGGUGUUGGGUUUUAAGCUUCAGCUUUUUUUAAAGAAGAAGUUUAUGUUCUGAUUCUUUACUGAAAAUACAGUGUUGAGAUUCUUGCUAUUGCACAGAUAACUGAUUUUUAAAUUUUAUUCAAGAAGUUCAUUUGCAUCCCAUAGCCCUCUGUAAAUGAUUCCCCCAGUUGUAUGUACAUACUAAAUGCACGUUUAUCCAUUGUACAUAUUAGACAUUUUUUUGUGCUAAAAUAUUACCAAGUAGGAUUUUUGUAGCAAAGCAUUCUAUUUUUAUGUUCUUAUAGUAUAUGUGUUAACAUUAAUCUUCAGUUUAAACACUGGUGUAUUUAUUUUUUAGCAACUUGACUCCUAGAAGCCUUAGACUAAUUUUUAAAUAAACAUUCAACCAAAAAUUAUAAAUUUAUUGAGAUGUGGCCUUAUAUAUGGUAUUUCUUGUGUUCAUAAUGUGAUUUUUUUAAUUUAGAUUUUAUUUGAAUCAAGAUUUAGAAUUAGUUUCAUUUUGAGUCAAAAUAGAAAAUGUAUUAAAUGUCUAGGCUUCUGGGAGGAAGUUCUUAUACUCUUCUUUCUUGGCAUUAGAAAGAAGCAAUAUGACUAUGAAUAUUCAGAAUAUUCAGGCCAUUGUGUUAUAUUCAGAUUGGUUUAGGUUUGUUUUAACCCAAUGUUUCUUUAAAAGUUACAGGUUGUUGGCAUUCACUGAAUAUACAGCUACUCUGGUUUUUGUAUGGGAUGUAUGAACUUUUGUUACAUUAUUCCCAGAUUUCAGUGUUUUCAAGACUUCCUGUGUUACAUUAAUUAUACUGUGGUGGGGGACUUUGAAAGAAUUAGGUAAAAUUUAAUUGAAGUCACACAAAUCUUGAAUGGUAUCUGUGGAUAGUGAAUACUAUGAGCAGUUUCUCAUGUGGGAAUACCUUAAAACUCCACCAUGGGAGUAAAUUACAUUCAUUUCAUAAUUGGACAGACCAUUCAUUUUAGUAAAAAUAGUUCAUUUUGAAGGUGUAUUUUUUGCUACACUGUAAAUUCGUAAUACUUCUCAGCAUUUCUGUAUGCAAAUUAUUUUAAAAUACAGUGAUAAAUUCAUGUUUGUUUAUUUUUUUACUUUGGAAAUUGUAGUACUCAGGUGGUAUUUAUUGGGAAAUGACCCUUUGGGGUGGAUCAUAAUAUAUUUUGAGGACUGCAUCUUAUAACAUUUAGGACUUUAGCCUUGAAAAGUUCCAUUAUUUCUUCCCUCGCAUCUCAUGGUGUAUUAGCAAAGUAGUUUACAGCCCAGCACAGCCUUACAAAAUUGUUUUACAAUUUUUAAUGGAAAGCCCUUAGCAACAAAAAAAUUGUAUCAUAUUCCAAUACCCAUGAAUUAUUGAAUAAUCACCUUUUGUAAAUAAGUUGUCUAAUAUCAGAAGGCCAAAGAAAGUCUUGAGAUUUUAGCUAUUGAAUGUGGUGUGGUGACUUCCUAAGAGUUCUGUGCAAAAGGUAAGGUGAUAUUCCAUCGAAUAGGCAUCCUUUUGUUGUCCGUGAAAGCUAGACUUCCAUAUUAGCUUCUUUCAAAAGGCGUAUCCCCAUUUUAUUAAAAUGUUUGUACUUGCAAUUUUGUGUUUAAUGUUUACUUUGUCUUUUCUUUCUUUAGCAUUUAGGUGACUGUUCAGCAGUUUGCUAUAUGGUCAUUGUUGGCCUUAAACUGCACUAGUAACAAGCAUGGUAUUAUCUUGUAUUGAAAAUAAAAACAAAGUUUUGAUAAUA